GAUUGGUUUUGUUUUGCCUCCCAAUUUCUUCUUCUCUAUCCCCUCCAAAUUUCUAUUGCCUUUUCCAGUUGCGGAGCUAAGGAGUAAAAUUGAUGAGGUCUCAGCAUUUGAGAAACUAUUUGUAGAAAAAAUAAAUAACCUGGAAAGAGAAUUGAGGAACAAGGAACUCGAGCUAAGGAAAAGAGACCAAACUAUUGUAAGUCUGGAGUGGCAACUUGAGGCAGCAAAUACUAAAAGGGAUUUUGAACCAAAGAUCGAGCAGAUAUCCAUACAAGCAAACCUUCAUUUUGAUUCUUUCAACUUUGAAUAAUGAACUUUUUUAUAAUCAAUAACAAACUUUUUAAUGCCGCUUCAAAUGAUGUCUUUUGUCUUAACUAAUCACACCUCCAGCAAGAUCUGUCAGUGAAGGAACUAAUUAUACAGACCCUAAUGUCAGAGAACACGGAAUUACAUUUUGAAGUGGCCACUUUUGGCGUGGUCAUGAAGAAGAUCCAAGAUGCUGUCACAAAUAUGAAUGAAGAGGACAGAAAGAUUUUCACUACUGUAUUUGAGCAUCAGGAGAGUGCAACUACUAGAAAGGAUGAAGAAGAUGAACAUGUAACUAUUAGAAGGGUGGAAGAAGCUUCAAGUAAUAUUCGAGGCUCGAUGAUAGAAUAUGAAGCGCAAAACAAAAAGGAAAAUUUUCAAGACAAGUCAUUGGUUAUUGAUGAGGAAACUACAAUUUCACCAGAACCUGAUGUAGGUUUAAGAAACAACUCCUCGGAGAAGGAUGGAGUUCCGGGUGAAUUAAAGUCUGGUUCUCUCCCCUCUGAUUCAGGCAUUCAGCUCGAAUAGGAUUGAAAAACUAUGUGCAACAAGGCACACAAGAGCUUGAUGGAAAUGGCAUUCAGCUCACCAAGAAGAACCAGAGUUGGGCUUCUACUAAACAAUUUACCAGAUAAGAAGGUUAACUUUAGUAUUACUUCCAUGAAACUUUAUUCUAUUCCAUUAUAUAAUGAACAUGUCUCUGUAGGAUUAUGGAACUUACACAACUCUCUAAUUAUGAAAUAUCAUUGAAAUGAAACAAGUGGGCUCACAUUACCAUCAUUGGUUCAUCGGUCCGCUGUCCAACCGCGGUAUCAGCAGUUUUCACGUACUCUUGAUCUUUAAUG